CUACCUGAUUGUCUUGACCACUUGAAGAUCAUGUCUUCCGAGAUUACAACAAAACCAACCACCGAGUCACAUGCUGAUGCAUUUGCUGAUGCUGAAGAGAUUGACGAGUCUGAACUCGCAUACCAGGAAGACUCGGACGACGACGAUUACGACGAUUAUCUUGACGAUGAACUAAAUGACACCGAUCUGUGGGACAGUGCUUCGGGAGAUUUCACUAAACAGUACAACCGUCUGCGCCAACAGGUAGCCCCAGUUGCUCGUGCUGGUCCCGCCGCACCCUCUUUCUCGGGAGCUUCAACUACUACUACUAUAACUACUACUACUACUACUACUACUGCAAUUGCUCCUGCUGCUAACAAAAAAACCAAGACUGCAACAAAUGCUUCUACUGCUAAAGAAGAUGUUGCUGCCAAGAAGCAGUUACUGGAAAGCCAGAUUGAGAGUCUCAGUAAAUUCACUAGCCGUAUCCAAGUCCGUGCCUAUGAACCCCCACGCAUGUCAUCUUCGGUAGCAAGUGAUAUUAAAUUGAGUAGCAAAAAGGCUAGUGGUGAAAGAAACACCCAAAAAGAUAAGUCUGAUCGUGCUACAGUCGAACAGGUGUUGGAUCCCCGUACACGUAUUAUUCUGUUCAAGAUGUUGAACAGAGGUGUGUUUUACGAAAUUAACGGUUGUAUCAGUACUGGUAAAGAGGCCAACGUCUAUCACGCUGCUACUGAAGAUGGACUACACAGAGCUAUCAAGGUCUACAAGACCUCGGUUUUGACUUUUAAGGAUCGCGAUCGUUACGUAACAGGCGAGUACCGUUUCCGUCAUGGUUACAGUAAAUCAAACCCUAGAAAGAUGGUUAAGGUGUGGGCUGAGAAGGAGAUGCGUAACUUGCGUCGUAUCAAGGCUGCCGGUAUUCCUUCCCCUGAAGCACUUGUUUUGCGUAUGCAUGUGUUAGUCAUGGAGUUCUUGGGUGAUAAAAAUGGAUGGGCUUAUCCAAGACUCAAGGAUGCUCAGAUCGAACAAUCCAAAUACGCUUCUCUCUAUUAUCAAUUGAUCAAGAAUGUUCGCACAAUGUACCAGGUGUGUCGCCUGGUCCACGCCGAUUUGAGUGAAUACAAUUUACUUUACCACAAGGGAUUGUUGUACAUUAUCGAUGUGUCCCAAUCUGUAGAACACGAUCAUCCUCAUGCCUCUGAAUUCUUAAGAAAGGAUCUUUCCAAUGUGACAGAUUACUUUUCUAAGCGUGGUGUGCGCGUAAUGGGUCUUAUGGAUCUAUUUUCAUUUGUAACAGAUCCAAGCUUCAGUAACGAAGAUGCAGUAGUAGAUGAUGUUUUGGAAAAGAUCCAAACCAAGAUGAACUCUGAACCUGAAAAGGAGCGAAACACACUUGAAGAAGAGAUUUUUAUGCGCUCCUAUAUUCCUCAGACAUUGGAGGAAGUUAUUGAUGUGGAAAGAGAUACCCUUUUGAUUGCCGAAGGUGAAGGCAAGGAUGUAAGUAUUAUACUUUACUUUAGAUUAUCUUGGCUUAGUAUCAAAAAGUCCAAGAAGGAUGUUGAAGAGAGUGAGGAUAAUGACGACGAUGAUAGUGAAGACGAUGAUAGCGAAGACGACAGUGAAGAUGAUAGUGAAGAUGAUGGUGGGAGAAAGAAGCCUUUGAGAGGCAAAAAGAACGAAGAUAAGGAUGAUAAAAAGGACCGUAAGAAGAAAGCCAAAGAAGAAGCAAGAGAGAAGCGAAAACACAAACUUCCAAAGGCAGAGAAAAAGCGUAAAAUUAAGAUCAGUCGCAAUAGAAAAAAGUAAAUAAUCCAACAUCUAUAACAUCUGUAACAACAACGACAACUACAAACAUCAUCACUCUCACCAACACCAUCAUCAGUAAUAAUAAUAACAACGCACCAAGAAUACCAUUCCACAAUAUUUUACAGUGUUAAUUUAUCUCAAGCUUCCAAAAGAUAGAACCGUUAUUUCAACCAUUUCUUUGCUCUUAUUUUCGAUUAUUAUUACAAAAGGAUAAACAUUAGACUGAGAAAAAUAGGUAGCAUUUAGAUGAUCUGAAGAACUCAAAUAGAUCCACAAUUCAAUUAAAAUUUCAAUCGUCUUUGGUUCAUAUUUGGAAAAUAAAUCAAGACAAUCUAUAUGUCUUUAUUGCGUCAAUAU